AUGGCCCAGGUCUUUGGAAACGAAAACGAUACCUCGGGCAAAGGCAGGCAAAUGCCCGUCCACUUUGGAUCUCCGGAACACCACUUUCACACAAUAUCUUCUCCCCUCGCAACACAGAUACCCCAAGCAGCUGGCGUAGCGUAUGCUCUCCGUCGAAUGCCGAACCGACGCUCACAAAAUAUCGCUGCAUGCUAUUUUGGAGAGGGCGCUGCUUCCGAGGGAGACUUCCAUGCAGGAUUUAUGCUGGCAUCUACCAUUCCAUCUCCAGUGCUUUAUAUAGCACGCAACAACGGGUUUGCUAUCAGCACACCCAGUUCAGAGCAGUACAACGGAGAUGGUAUUGCUAGCCGGGGUCCUGGGUAUGGUAUUGAUACUAUCCGAGUAGAUGGUAAUGACGUACUUGCCGUCCUGACUGCUGUAAGGGAGGCUAGGAGACGUUGCUUGGAGCAAGGUCGCGCUGUUCUCGUUGAAUCCAUGUCGUAUCGCGUUGGCCAUCAUUCUACUUCCGAUGACUCUUUUGCGUAUCGUGCAAGGUCAGAGGUGGAAGACAAAAAACGUAUCGACAACCCUAUUACAAGAUUCCGUCUUUUCAUGGAAUCUCAGGGUUGGUGGGAUGCAGACGCAGAGACUGAGUUGAAAGCGCGUCUUAAGGCGGAUGUCAUGAAAGCCUUCAAGAAAGCCGACUCCCUCAAGCGCCCAGAGCUUGGACAACUUUUUACCGAUGUGUAUGGUGGAGAAGAGCCAUGGAAUAUUAAAGAGCAAAGACAGGAGCUCGUAGGACUCCUGAAGAAAUACGGGCAGAUCUGGGAACCAUGGCGAAAGGAGCUGGGCAAGUUCAGAAACACAGGCCAAGAUCUCCUUAACCCUCAGGGGAGAUAA